GGUUCUCUGCAGAGAGAGUGUCGCUUGGAUUUGUUUUAAAAGGAGUUUGGCAGCGCCGGGCCGUGAUCGUGAUAUCUCUCACUCCCUGCUUGGUAUUUCCCAAACAACAUCUCACCAAAGGACAGACCGGAUUGAAAUAAGGGGGCCGCCAGUUUGUACCGCCAGAAUAAAAGCUGGUGCAUUUUCCCUUUUGCGGCAUAAAAUAGAAGGCACCACUCGCAUGUGCCUUUGUGAAGGAGAUCUUCCAAUCAAAGGAUGAGGAUUACAAGAUUGACAGAUUUGGUGCAAUUAUUAUGAUUAUGCUGCAAGUUCUUUGCAAAUGAAUACCCAGAAUAAGAAUAUACUGAGCGACAAGGUUCAAGAAAUACUUGGGAUGGGAAACUCAUAUGCUGGGCAACUGAAGACGACACGUUUUGAAGAGGUCCUGCAUAACUCGAUUGAAGCCUCCCUGCGAUCAAACAACUUGGUUCCCAGGCCUGUGUUUUCACAGUUAUAUCUAGAGGCUGAGCAUCAAUUGAUUUCAAACUUAGAAGCUUGUAAACGACCGGGAACUGAGGAGGAGGAGGAGGAUGAUGGGUCAGAGUCCAGUAGCCCUCUCAUUCCAUAUCAGAUGAAGCCUCCCCCUGAGGGAUGUUGUACUACUGAUGGUUUCUGUCAGGCAGGAAAGGACUUGAGGCUUACUUCGAUGUCAAAUGAGCAGAUCGAGGUGCCAUCAGGAUUCCUACUCAUCGGUGCCAAGUCUCCCAAUCUUCCUGAACACCUUCUAGUCUGUGCUGUGGAUAAGCGAUUUUUACCAGAUGAUAAUGGCCGAAAUGCUCUAUUGGGUUUCUCUGGCAAUUGCGUUGGCUGCGGAGAAAAGGGAUUUCGUUAUUUCACUGAGUUUUCUAAUCACAUCAACCUGAAACUGAUCACCCAGCCAAAGAAACAAAAGCAUUUGAAGUGUUACUUGAUUAAAAAUGCGCAGGGCAGUCUAACUAAAGGACCCUUAAUCUGUUGGAAGGGUACAGAGGGCAGAGCCCAGCAGUCACCCUCAAGUAACACCUCGAGCAUUCCCUCACAACCACCUGAGAGUCCUGCCUUAUCAAUGACAGGAGCAUCAGCAGACAGCGUUGCUGGGAGUAAUCUGAAUGCAUUAACUGGAUUACAACAAGCAGGUGCUCCAGCAGACCACGCUGCUUCUCGAGCUAUUAUAGGGGCUUCUGCAAGCCAAAACAACAGAGAUUCAGUCAGGCAUCAGAACACAGUGAAGACCAACAAUGUAUCCUGUCAGAGUAUGGCGAGACCCUCAGUGAUAGGCAAUUUAGCUAAUUCAGGGCCUCCAAAGAAACGGCAUAGGGGCUGGUCACCAGACUCCUCCUCAGCAAUAGAAACACUCUCCAUUCACAGCAAUCCAACAGCUCAAAAUUCAGGAAGCAAAACUGUUGCAGACAUUGCGGAAUUAGCUUGUAUGACUCAAUCCAGCCUUUUAGGACCAAUCUCUUCUCCACUUACUACCUCAGAAGAACCGAUCGUUGUACCUGACAAUUUACUUAAAAUCUGCAGGACCAGACCUGUAAUUUUUAAAGGCCAUGGAAACCUUCCUUACCUCUGUGGUAAUUUGAAUGAUAUAGUAGUCAGUCCAAUGCUGCAGAACUGCUACCGAAACACUCAAACUUUCCCUCGAGCGUAUGAACAACACAGUACAUCUGUAACUACAGUAUUGUCCGUAGAGAUGCAAAUCUUACUGACAGUUUACUACCUAGCUCAGCUUGCCCCAGAUCAGGUUCCUUUGAUUGAGGACUUGGAACACAUAUUGGUGAGAGCCUGGCAGGAAUCUAAUCUUACUGAAACCAAACAAUACCAACAAGCCGUUUCUCACUCAGUGCCAUAUGUGUCAUCAUCAUCAACGUUGGCUGUGACGGCAAAGCAACUCACUUGGUUGGCUAAGUUAGCAGCUAGCUCCUGCAAGAACGUUGUCAGGAUCCUGGAUUCAACAAAUUCAUUGGCGGAAGGCCUCACAGAAACAUUUAAGCUCCUCAGUGAGGGAAAAUUGCUGGGGAAGAAUUUUGUAGUGAUUAUUUGCAUCACCAAGAACCAAAGCACUGAGUCAUGUGUGGUGGUAACAGGAAAACGACAAGCUGGAUUUCUAGCAGAGAGAAUGCUUGGUCCCAAAGAUCAUCUGAAAGAAAUCAACUAUGAACUCGUGACUGGAAAAGUUGGGGCUCUAGGAGCUUUUUUCAGCAGCCUUUGUCCAGAAGGAGAUAUUGACACACUCUUAGAAAAGUGUAGUCUGACAAGAAAUGGCCAAGGCUGUUCUCUCAAUGCUUCCUUAAAGAAAUUUGAUGACAGUGCAGCUCAGAGACUAGCUGUAUGUUCAGGUUCCACAGUUUCAAACAAAGGAACAUGCCAGAUUCAUCCCGUUCAGCUUGCAGUGGCUCGAAAAUUGCUGUCUCAUGUCUGUGCUAUUGCUGAUUCCAGCACACAAAAUCUGGAUUUGGGGUCCUUUGAGAAAGUGGACUUCCUAAUUUUGUUGCCCCCAUCGGAAGUGGCCUACCAGCAGACUGUGUUACGCGUCAGGCAGUCAGGGAUCUUGGUGGAACUUGGGUUGGAAGCAGAGUGCACUGCAAAUCAGUGUGCAGAUCAGUAUGUCAUGAAACUUACCCCAGAAGCUCAGGGCAAGUUUGAAGCCUUCCAGCAAAGAGCAUUAAAGAACCCUUACACACUGUUCAUACUGAUCCAUGACCAUGCACACUGGGAUUUGACCAGCAGGGGAACGUUUUCACAAAGUGAACCGUUUCUGGGCCUGGCUGAUAGAAUCGUGAACUGCAAAGAAAUGAAAGAAGCACUGAAUGUGUUAACACUCCAAGUUACAUCUUUCCCCUUCGCUCUUCAAACUCAGCAGACCUACAUCAGCCCCUAUAAUGAGAUCCAUUGGCCGUCAUCCUGCAACAGUGGAGUGAACUUGUACCAUGAAAACAAUAAGUACUUUGGACUCUCAGACUUCAUUGAUUCUACCCACUCUGGGCACAAACUUCCAUUGUUGAGAUAUGACAGUUCUUUUGAAGCAAUGGUUACUGCAGUGGAGGAAAGGUUUCCCAAGAUGCAUAGUGCUGUGAUCUGGACAUACAUUUUAAUUCAGCAUUACUCGGCAGCCAUGAUGGUAACUGCAGGGCACUCACAGAUGAAGAACUACUCUUCUGUGGAAACUCUGGAAAUAAUUCAGAGUCUUAUAAAUUCUGCAAGAAACUGUCCAAACAACCAUGGCUACAUGGUUUUGCUCAGGAUUCCCUCCAUUUCACUUGCAGCACUGGCAUAUGAGAGAUUGUGUCAGAUCAGACACCGCCUGGGCCUGCAGUACAGAUUUGAAAUCAUCCUUGGGACUCCAAGCACGAAAAUCAAUAUUAGCCAGCACUUUCUGACACAACUGAAGGUUUGGCAAAAGAUAGAGGAUCCUGAUUGGGCACCUGAAACCUACUUGGACCUGGAAGACCUACCAUGUAUUCUUAUCUUAUCUGGUGCUGAUCCUUAUGGAGAAUCCUUUCCGCGGUCUGCAAAGUACUAUGAUUUACGUUUAAUAAACUCAACUUGUCUUUUGCGAACCGCUUUGGAACAAGAACUGGGGCUAGCAGCUUGCUAUGUGGUUCCUGAAACCCCUGGGCAGACAACAGCAAGCGAUCACUCUGAGAGUGACUUGGAUAAACCAGGCAGCACUGACGAUGAUGAGGAUAGUGUUGCAGUUGAAGUGACAACAGUUGCAGACUCAGGAAAGAACAGUAAUAAUAAGAGACAACGUUCCUAUUCUAAUCAGUCAGCUUCGUCUAGGUCAUCAAAAACAUCAAGCUUACUUUGCGAUGGUGAUCCUUCUGGAGCAGAGGAUACUGCAAGACAUCCACUGCAAGUUGAACCUGCUAAUAUUGAGGACAGCAGUGUGACCAGAGAGAAAUCCAAGCUGAGAGCAGACAGCACGCAACAAAAGCCUCACCAUGAGACUCAGUAUUCAGAAAAGCAUAGAAUAAACUUAGAUCAAAUCGACAACUACAAAACCUCACAAAGAAGCUCAAAAACCUUUUCUUCAGGCUCUUCGUCCACUCAGACUCCAAUUCUGGGACAAAUGUCAUCCCAGUGCCCAAGGACGAAGGCAGCAAGUCAACCACCAACUGUGUUCCUACCAAAACUGAUCUAUGAGAUUGUUACUAAAGUGGACAGUUCUGGAGUGGCUAAACUAUCAUCCUUUCUUCCACACCAUUCAGUUCAAUGGAUUACCUCCUUUCAUCCUUCAUUGGCCAAAAUGAUGACUUCCACAGAGCAAUCCCUAUACUAUCGCCAGUGGACAGUCGCUAAACAAAACCAUAUGGAUUUCAACAAAGCGCAGAAUAGAACUGAGAUAUUUCAUCCGCGCAGGCUUCUGCUGAAUGGUCCACCACAGGUGGGGAAGACAGGAGCCUAUCUGCAGUUCCUUGGUAUUUUAUCGAGAAUGUUGAUUCGAUUGAUGGAGGUAGAUGUUUACGAUGAAGAAGAAAUUAACCUCAAAGCCAAAGAAGAUGCUUCGCUGCAACUGAAAGAGACCUUACUGUGGCCUCAUUUGGAGAGUUUCAGUAAAUUGUUAUUUGAUUACACUGUUCACGAUCCAAAGUAUGAAGAUGCAAGUCCAGUUUACUCAAGGAAUCUUGCAAAUAACAAAGGAUAUAAAGCUCAUAAGAAAGAAGAUGAUAUCUAUCUGCGACGCCAAACAACUCGAAUGAGGUUGUCCAAGUAUGCUGCCUAUAACACAUAUCACCACUGUGAACAGUGUCAUGAGUACAUGGGUUUCAAUCCCAGAUGCCAGCCGUACGAUUCCACACUCCAUGCCUUCACCUUUUCCUGCUCGAUGCUGGGAGAGGAAGUUCAGCUCCAUUUUAUUAUUCCCAAAUCAAAGGAGCAUAAUUUUAUUUUCAGUCAACCUGGAGGCCAGUUGGAAAGUAUGAAGCUGCCACUUGUUACCGACAAGAAUUCAGACUGUAUAAAGAGUCCAAUCUUCACACCUACAACUGGGCGUCAUGAACAUGGUCUCUUCAAUCUGUACCAUGCUAUGGAUGGUGCCAACCACCUGCAUGUGCUGGUGAUCAAGGAGUAUGAGAUGGCAGUCUAUAAGAAAUAUUGGCCAAACCACAUCAUGCUUGUCCUGCCUAGCAUCUUCAACAACUCUGGAGUUGGUGCAGCUCAUUUUUUGAUCAAAGAACUGUCCUAUCAUAAUUUGGAACUGGAACGUAAUCGCCAAGAAGAGCUUGGAUCUAAACCCCAAGAUGUGUGGCCGUUUAUUGUCAUUGCUGAUGACUCUUGUGUGAUGUGGAACAGCCUUAAUUCUGAAGUUUCUAAGAACGCUACCAGUGCACCUGCUGAACCAAAUACCUUAGAGAGGAAUGUUUCUCUGAAACAUGUACUUCAGCAUAUUGAGGCAACUGCUCAAAUUCCACACUAUGCCCUUUGUGGGAUCCGGAAGUGGUCCAGCAAAAUAAACAACCUGCAUCUUGCAGAACCUUUCUCCCGCUGUCAUCUACAUGAUUUCUUGCUGCUAAAUGUAGACUUGACUCAAAAUGUCCAGUACAAUCAGAACAGAUUUACCUGUGAUGAUGUAGAUUUUAAUCUCCGAGUCCAUAGUGCUGGUCUUCUUAUCUGUCGUUUUAAUUGCUUCAGUGUUAUGAAGAAACAAAUUGCCAUUGGGGGACACAGAACCUUCCAUAUCAAAUCAAAGGUUCCUGAUGUACCAAUGUCCAUUUCCCCGUCUCAGUAUAUCUGUGCUCCGGACAGCAAACAUACAUUUUUAGCUGCACCAGCCCAAUUACUGCUGGAAAAGUAUCUGCAGCACACAAGUAACCAUCUUUUUCCAUUGUCUGUAAGGAACUACAGUCAUCCAGUACUCUCAGUAGACUGUUAUCUCAACUUAGGUCAAGAGAUUACAGUCUGCUUUGUGAGUUCACGACCUCAUUCUUUAAACAUAAACACCUCUGGCCUUACUUUCAGCGGGCUCCUCCUGUAUCUUUGUGACUCAUUUGUCACAGCUAGUAUUUUGAAAAAAUUUCACUUUCUGAAAGGUGCUACGCUCUGUGUGAUUUGUCAGGAUCGUAGCUCUCUUCGUCAAACUGUUGUAAGACUAGAGCUGGAAGAUGAGUGGCAGUUCAGAUUACGAGAUGAAUUCCAGACGGCUAACUCCCAAGAAGACAAGCCACUCUUUUUUCUGACUGGGCGACAUGUCUGAGACACGAAAAUUUCCCAGUAACACACAGACUGCAAAACCGAGCACUCCAUAAGUAACACAGAAUUUACUUUGAGCCAUGAACAUAUUCACGUGUUUAAAACAGUGUUUUAAGAAAAAUUGAAUGGUACCAAAUUAAUUACAUGUAAAGACUGAUAUGCAUCAAGAACAAUUUCCUGUAAAUGUUCCUCAAUUUUGUGCACUGCCUUAACAUAUAUUUUAAAAUGGAAUUUUUGAAGUGUCUUUACUUGCCUGAACAAUAGACAGAAGUGUAAGCUUUAACGUUUUGGGUAGUUUAGAGUCAAUGCUUUUGUAUUUGAUCCAAUUUGAAACAUCCUGGUUUGAAUCACCACUCUGCUGUUUUGAAAGAUAUCAGAAAGUGUCCCCACCUCACUAGACAUUGUGGUAGUUGGUGGCAAAUCUGCACUUUAGAACCUUUGACUGUGAGAAGUAUGAUGAGGGACUGAACUCUUAAGUAGCCCCUUGCAGGUAAUGGAUGGAUUAAUAAUUAGGCAUUGUGAAACUGCUGACCUGAUGAAAACCAAUGGGGUUUAAAAUGCUUCGAUGGCUGAAAUACCUUUUCUGUUCCAAAAUCAAAGUCUUUCUUUUGGAGUGAGGAUGGAGGCUAAAUAAACUUAUCAGAAGUUUACAUACAUUGACAUGUUUGGUUAAUCUGCUGCAUCCUUUAGGAUUGAACAUUGAGUCAUGAAUGAUUUGCAAUAAUGUUGCAUACUUUGAAAAUAUGGAGGGCCAGGGGACUCAGCCUAAAAGGAUGGACUAUGGAAUCAUGUUUUUACCAUCUCUACAAUUUGUCUGCUUGAUAUGGGAUGGAUAGGGGAUGAAGAGAGGGUCUUGUACGGUGAGAAAUAUACAUCCACUUGUUCCUGCUUGUCUCUUAUUAAUUUUCCAAGAUCCUAGUCUAGUACAAAAGAUUUUAGAUAAUCUGGCUCCAAAAUCUAAACUGAUGAAUAUUUUAUACCUUGAUUGAACUAACAUGAAAAACAUUCUAAACCUUGUUUUAAUUUCCUUUCACAUUGAAGACUGUAACAUUUCUAUACUGAAGUGUCAAUUUGGUAACAUUUGGGAAACCAUAAAUAGAAAAGCCAAGAAUCACUCUAAAAGCUGACAGGAAGAUUUUGUAAUGUAAUAACAAGUUAGGAAAACUUUUCCAUUCUUUUUGGAAAAUAAACCAAAUAACUAAAAUAUAUUUUCUGGGGUAAAGGUUUAAAUUGCUGUUUAAAGGCAUGGGGCAUAAUUAUUCUCUGCAAUUCACCAGUUGAAGGACAACUGAUACACACAUGAAAUGUUGGAGCAUUUUAUGCAAUACUUAAAUGUCAGAAUUCAUCUCAAUAUUGGAAGGACUUGUGUCGUGUCAUCAUGUUGAAUGUCUUUUGAUCUCAACUCAUUUGGAAUUCAGUGAUAAUUAGAACUUAAGCAGUAUAAAACCAAUUGUGACUUAAUGAUACGAUUGUCUCGUAUUGCUCAGAGUGUAAUCUAUUGCAUAAAAUACGGGAACAAAUUCUAGCUCUGUCAACCGACAAGAGGUCAGUCAAGUCGUUAAGAUAGCUGUAGAGUACUCGUUCUGUGCCAAAACACUGCCAUUUUAACCUCAGUUUUUGGAGGUGGCUGCGGCAUCAGCUGUGGUGGGUGGGGGCUUUGUGAAUCUGUCAAAAUUGAAGCAGUGUGAGAAUUUUUAACUCAAUUAUCGUGGCCGACACUGAGCCUAGCAGUAAUCAGAUCUGGGACUGGAAAGGGAAGGAGUCCUCCUUUCAGCUCCAUCUUUGGCCUCCCUUGCCUCAGGCUGUCCUCCCUCUCCCUGACUUUGGUGCCAUUCUGAACUCGCCCUCCCAAAUACUUUGCCGAGAGCUAGGGACCAUUUCUCAGAUCCUCACUUGCGUCCUCCUAUUGGCUCAAAUCCCGAUCUGGUCUGCCAGCCAGUGCUUCCAGCUGGCUUUGAGUCAAAGACAAACUGGAAUUGUGAAAAAGGACCUGGCAUUGAACAUUUCUCAGGCCUUACACAGUGAGGGAGCUGUGUGGUUUCCCAUCUGUCCCUUCCUCAUGUUCAGCAGCCGAGUUCCAACUCGGCUCAAACUCUAAGCUUAUGUUUCCAUCAGCCUGUUCUUAUAUCUGCAGUUACUUUUUGUUACAGAUUGGUAGGCAUCACUUUGUAGCUUCUCAUCCUUGAGGUGGCAGUGAAGUGACAUUGUGCUUGAGCAUUUGAAUCUCCGCGUAUUUCUCCAACGUCAAAAACCUUUUCCAUUCUGGGCUAUUUAACUCCAUUUUAACCACUUAUAUCUUUGAUUCCCGACAAAACUAUGAAAUAUUGUACCUGUCAAAUCUUUAUGAAAACUCAACUCCAACACUCAAAUUUUAUGCAACAAUGUUUUAAUUUUGGUUUGACAUCACUCCACUUAGAUGUCUCUAAACAUGGUACAUUUGAGGUACAAACAUUAAUGUUGACAUAGAAUUAUUAGCUAAUAUUAAAGGAGGCUUUGAUAUAGAAUUUGUAUCCAAUUUUUUGCUUUAUUCCCUCUGGUCCUUUUGUGAGUUAUCAGCUCUUUGCUGGGCUUGGUUCUAAGUGUGAUAUACCUGUCUGGUAUUUAAUUUCAAGUACCACAGUAGUUGUUUUUCUGUCUUCAUAUCACCCUCAACCAGAUAAUAAGGCCAAUCAAAUAAUUCCACUUUAGCUGUUUUCAGCUGACAGCACAGAUUAGCAAUCCAACUGGUCCUGUCCUAGUCUGAGUGUCUUAGCAAACAGAUGGACCUGUUUCCAUCUGUAACUUUUGUUUGAAUUAAUUGAAUAGGUAAAUAUCUCAUGAACCUGUAUCCCAAGUAUAAAUAGAUGCCUGCAACACAUUUUUCAUUUAAUAGCUUAAUUUAACAGCAUGGUUUAUGAGCACACAGCAGCAUUCAUACAGAAUUCACACAGUGAUUCCAAGUUGAGAUUGUGAUGCACACUUCCAAUGGUGAAUGGAGAUAAUUAAUUCAGUUUAAAUUUGAUCUAAGUGUGUUCAGAAUAAACAUUGAUAUUUUACAUCACGUUACAAAAGUAAUUUUGUUUCCAUUUUCAAAGUACCGUAAAUGACAAUUAAAAACAGUUUUUUUCUUAAAAAAGUUAACAUUUUAGCAGUUGCAAAGUCAACUAACUUCAUUAUGAAGAAGACUAUUGCAGCUCUUUGCUCACCCCAUUAAGCUCAAUAUCUAUUAAAUUUAAAUCCUUUUCCCCCAGAAAAUAUUGAACUCCUACCCAAACAUCUGUACUGUAACAGCGUAUGAGACAUUUUAAAGAUUGUUACAAAACAAAGAACUGUGGAUGCUAGAAAUCUAGAACAAAAAUAAAAAUUGCUGGAGAAACUCAGCAGGUCUGGCAGCAUUGCACAGAGAAAGCAAACAACAUUUUGAGGGUAGUGACACUUCUUUAAAACCAUUCUUAACAAGACAAAAUAUUUUUUAAAUGCAUGAAGAGCAGUUUGCAUUCAUGUGACUAACUUUAAAACAAAGAGUAAUACCAGAAUAAAUAGCAGAAAGUGCUGGAAUUACUUGGAAGACAGCUGUGGAGGAACGAAAACAAAUAUAACAUUUCAAACCAAAGACCUUUCAUUGGAAUUGAAGCAGUUUCACUGACCAGAACAUUAGUUUUCUUUUUUCUCUCGCCACAGAAACUGCCAGACCUGUAUUACCUUCAGCAUUUGCUGUUUAUAGUUUCUGAUUUCCAGCAUCUGUGGUAAUGUCCUUGUGCAGAAUGGUAAUAAUGUGUUUGAUGGAAUGUAAUGCCUCCUAACACCCAGGUACUUGUAGCAUUAAAUUAGAAAAGCACUUCAAUAUACAAAAAGGAAAACAAUCACUGCUUUCAAAAUCAAGAGACCUUAAAUGAUAGUGAGGACAUAAUUUGAUAGUAGAAACCCUGAAUUCAAAAGCUUACCUCAACACAACUCUCAAGAAUAAAAUCUAAUGAUAUGUUUUGCUUACCGUGUAUUCUAAUCCUGAGUGGUCACACCGUUCACUCUUGAAAUCAGUUGAAUGCUCCAAUAUCUAGUUUUGCCAAGAGGGAAACUCAUUCAAACGAAGACAUUUAUCUGCAUUUCUAGUUAUGUCUGUAGAUGAUACUGUACUGUCAGGUGUGGGUGUUCUGUGUUUAAGACCUUGACAUGCAGCAAAUUACAAAGCUUCAACUUUGCUGUGUCCUGAUCCUGAAAGCAGAUAUGCAGUUCCAGUGUCAGAGAUAAUGGGAACUGCAGAUGCUGGAGAAUUCCAAGAUAAUAAAAUGUGAGGCUGGAUGAACACAGCAGGCCAAGCAGCAUCUCAGGAGCACAAAAGCUGACGUUUCGGGCCUAGACCCUUCAUCAGAGAGGCUCUCCGUCCAGCCUCACAUUUUAUUAUCCAGGCCCAGAGUUCUUUUCUUAAAUCAAGCAAAAUUUUGUUGAACGAAAGCACACUACCUAAAUGGAAACCUUGACUUGCUGAACUUCAAACGUAAUGCGCCGUGAUAAGGCAAGCAAACUGCAUCCACCAAUAGCUGCAAUUUCUCAAUUUCUAGCAAUCAUCACUGAUUGGCUGGAAUGUAGCCUUCAGCUUCCCGUCCUUUAAUUGGCUCAUAAACAGGACGGAGAGUGCAACAACUGAUGUAUUGAAAUAGAAUAAGUGAUGGAAUAGAAAUUGCAGUCUGUCUGCAAUACUGGCAUACUUCACUUCUUCUGGUCACAUUGCUCAACUUCAUUCUCUCUUGCUGAUGAAACAAUGAAGGCACAAAUGUUCACAGGAACCUGACACACAUGCCCACAGACCAUUAUUACUCUGGGGAAUGAAAGAAUAUUUGAUUCCUAAUAACUGGAAUGAAAACCUCCAAAGUGUGCCAACACUAGUCAUAACCUUAACAGAAACCGAAAGAACUGCGAAUGCUGUAAAUCAGGAACAAAAACAAAAGUUGCUGGAAAAGCUCAGCAGGUCUGGCAGCACCUGUGAAGAAAAAAUCAGAGUUAAUGUUCCAGGUCCAGUGAGCCUUCCUCAGAAUGUUUGGUAGCUGGGAAAAUGUCAGUUUAUAUGCGGAAAAUAGGGAGGGGGCUGGGAUAGGGAGUAAACGAUAGAAUAGAGCCCAAGGAGCUCAUAACCAUAAUCUUGGUGGAUGUUAAGCCAGAGGUAGGGCACUUUGUCACUGAGAGUGAGUCCUGUGAAACAUACUCCCUGCCUAUUGCAGCAGAUUCCUGUCCUUAAAGCGGGGCAGUACACUGGCUCAGCCACAAAAACAAAAGUUGCUGACAAACCUCAGCAGGACUGGCAGCAUCUGUGAAGAAAAAUCAGAGUUCACGUUCCAGGUCCAGUGACCUUUCCUCAGAACAGUGGCUCAGUGGUUAGCACUGCUGCCUCACAGUGCCAGGGACCCCGGUUUGAUUCCACCCUCUGUUGACUGUGUAGAGUUUGCACGUUCUCUGCGUGAGUUUCCUCUGGAUGCUCCUGUUUCCACCUACAGUCCAAAGAUGUGCAGGCUGGGUGCAUUAGCCAUGGGAAGUGGAGGGUAUAGGGUUGGGAGUGGGAGCUCUUCCAAAGAUGGUGGGUUCAGUGGGCCGAAUGGCCUGCUUCCAAACUGUAGGAAUUCUAUGAUAAAGUCUUCCUGCAUAUUGUGCCCUCAAAAUCCACCCUUCACAGUGCCCAGAUAUCCCAGUCGCUUUGUUAUCAGUUUCUCUAGUGCCAAGUUCCUCUUUUUUCACAUCUCGUUGUCAGUCCCUUCCUUCUACUUCCCUCAUUGUUCCUCAUCGCAUCCCAAUCCUUUCUCCCAUGUUUCUCCUUUAUCCCUCUCUGGUCAUUCUCUUCAUACUUCUCUGCUGUCCCAUAUUGCUCUUUCUUUUCCAUUCAGCGCCUUCCUGUCAUUCAUCCCUCAUUUCCUGUGCUAGGGAAAUGGUCACACCCUGACCAUUUAAUCCUGAUGGUAUGUGGAACUCAAUUACUUACAAACAUUUCAAACUCUCAGAGAAACAUCAAAAUCCCAUGAUGAUUGUACACAUUGUCAUUUUUUUCAAUGAAAAAAAAUCAUUUUAUUUUCCUUUUUUUGAACAAUAUAUUCUGCUACACAACAUCACAAGUCUAUUUACAACACAUACAUCAGUCUCAAACUGGGAGGAAAUUAGGUGAAAUCCAGCAUUUCUCUGCUUAUUUUGUUGUUAAUAUACUCAUUAAUAUUUGGUGAGGUAGAUUUAGUUGUAAAAUAAUUUGAGUGUAAUGUUGCUACAGUAUUCUGCAUCACAGUUCAGUACUUUGAUAUUACCUGCUGUUGUUUUAGGUCUUAUUACGUAGCAUUUGCUGCAAUAUUGACAAGACUGCCAACAAAUUCCUCGUGUGUCUUCAUACUCUUUGACCCUAGCUAAGGGGCCAAAUUACAGAAAUGUGCAAAAAAAAACUUUAAAGAGUUUCAAAGCCUGUCAAUAUAUCUGUCCUCAUCUUCUCUCACUCCUCUUCCCAACCUCAUCCAUCCUCUUUCCUAUUCCCAGUUCCCUCUUCCUGUUUCUCUUUAAACACAAUUUCUGUUUCUCUUUAAACACAAUUUCUGUUUCUCCGUAGUGUCCUCCCCACCCACUAUACCCUCACUGAUGCAGAAGAACAGAGGCAGCAUGUCCAACAUUCACCCAAGAAAUGUCCUGAAAUAGAAAAGGUCUGUUCAAAAUCUGUGUGGAUUUCUGGUGAGUAACAGAGAGUGUGUGACAUCACACUCAAAGUAGCUACUCAGCGGCCUGAGCCAUCUUCAGCACCGUUAACAUUUGAUCAUUGAACUGCAAGCUCUUUGCUAGUGCUUGUGGUUAGCUUGCCAGAUCUUAGAAUUUCUGAAGGGCACAAUAUUCCCUUCAGGGGAUGGAAGUUGUAUUGGAAGGUUUUGUGAAAGCAGUUGUGCUCCAACUGGUCCCACAAAAGUAAUUUUUAAAAAGCCUCCUCACUUACAACAAUCCCUUUAAGUGCUACUGGUUAAUCCUUUCAAAACUGGUACAAGUGUAGCUGACAGUAUCUAAUUGUAUUUUGAUCCUUUUUAUAUUAUAAGAUCUAAGAGAAGACUUGACUGAGGCUCCACCCUAAAAUGGGUGGGCAUCUGGGAAACUCAUACAAAGAUCUAAGGCAAAUGGGAACAGGUGGGAGCAUGGCAGAGGAAUUUUUAGGCAUUCCUGUCUUACCUCCACCAGGCUCAAAUGGCUUAACAUUGCCCCCAAGGGAAUAUUAAAUAAAUUAUUGAGACCCACAAUGUUUGAAGACUGAGCUUGUAUGUACAGAUUACCCUUAUCCCCACCCUUAUGAUUUUGGCACUGAGUCUAUCAUUGUGAGGCAUAAGGACCAGAUUCCAUUUCAUUGUUAUUUGUAAAUUGUAGACUGUGAACAACUCCCUAUUUUAAUUAGGGGUGUUUGAUUAUUACAUUGCUCAAAUGAUACCCACUGUUCAUGAGGAUAGAUCUUACCCAAUUAAUCUUUAGCAAAAUUGUCUUGAAAUAUUUUCUGGGUAGCUUUUUAAGUAUUUCAUUUUAUCAGCUGAUUUCAUGAAUACUCGCUACAUGAGCCACACUGUAACCUCCAGGAACCAGAUUUAGUGUUGAAUUUGCCAGAUUCUCUUGCACAGUGCAACAUUUUGUCUGAAUAGUUUCACAAACAAUAUAUAUUUUUGUACAGUAGGCAUAUAUAAGUUUAUUAGCAUAUUGCAAUAUCUUACAAAAUUAUUGUUCCAUGGUUUCAUAGCCUUUUACUAAAUAUUAGAGCAGAAACUUUUUGUGUACAUUAUUUAUACAAUUAUUUCAUUUGUUAGGACAUUUAAAUGGACCUUGUGCUCUUUGGUACUUUUAUAUUUGACACUGGAAUUAAUGUAUUUGCGAAGCAUGUUUUGUACUUGUACUUUAAUUGGCACUUAUGUGUGCUUGUGUAGGAGUAAUUGAAGUCAUUGAUAUAUUAGAAUUCUAUAGGGUAUUAUUUCAAACAAAAUAGAAGAACUGGUUGUAACAACUCCAAAGUAUGAUGCACAGAUGUGCUAGCAAAGAAAUCAGAGGUAUAUUUCAGGCUAGUUAAUAUAUAUAAACUGUUACCUAAAUUUAAAUGAUUUUAAGUAAAGUGUAAUUAAGACUGCUCAUAUCAAGCGAUAUAUAAAAUUAGCUUAGAAGCUGUUCGAUUUACUUUUCAGUAAAUUUCAUCACAAAGAGGGGACAUCUAACCUCAAUUUGAAAGUGAUAAUUAGCCUCAUCCCCCUGCUGUUACACCUUUGCCCUGCAAUUUUAUCCAUUUCAAGUAUAUAUUCAUUUCACUUUUGGAAGUUAAUACCCAAAAUUAUCUUCCAUCAAUCAGUGCAUUGCAAACCAUAACAACUUUGCAAAGAAUAGACCUCAAUAACUCUUGUAAAUGUCACCUUAAACAGUUCAGAUCUAAGAACAAUCCACCUUCUCUAAUAUCUCAACUACUGGUAAGGUUCUUUCCUUGUUAUCUGAUAAACAGCUUUGACAUCCUUCCUAAAGUAUAAUUGGACGCAAAUAAUUAUAAAUGGAAGAAAAUUGAGCUGCUGAUUCUCGAUAAGCCUGUUCUAUACUGUAUGCAAGAAACACAAUUCACUUCCAUAAACUUUGGAGGUGCAAGAUGAACGAAGUACACUAAGGUCAUUUUUGGCUUCCUCAGGGUCAGGUAUAUGAUCAUUGCUACAUUAAAGUAGCCAUGCCCAUUAAACAGCUAAGUGGAAAAACACAGAUAUUGAAAUCAAAUUUUAGAAGAGAUAUGUUCUCUUGUUUCUAUUUUAUAUAUUUGUAGGCCAGUGGUUAAAAUAACAUUCAACUCUAGGUGUAAAUGGCAUUCGUUUGGAGUGUGUCACAACUUUGAAAUGUAUAAUUAGCCUUAAAGUGGCAAACUAACACUUCACCAGUUGGCUGGUACAUGAAUCUGCUUAGCAACAAGUACUGACACACAGCAAGACAGUGAAAAACAAAUCAAGUCAAUUAGUUUAUAGUAAUUUGGAACAGUCUUGUUCAUGCACAGAGUGAAUGAAGAGAAACAUUUUCUUCUGUUACAAAGGUUUUCCAGGUAGUAUUUCACAAUCUAGUUAAACUGAACAAAACUGUUUAGGUGAUCUUCUGUAAAUUAAGAAUAGAAGCAAUGACAACUUCAUUAUAUCUUUGGAAAUUUUAUUUUGUUUUCAUAUUAUGGACGAAAGCUUGAAAUUUCUUUUCUUGCGUUUACAGUUUCCAGCUCUGUGGGUAUGUGCAAAAGUCCAUGCAUUGUAAUUGUGAAAUCUUAAGUGUGCAAAUGAACUGUAUUGUUUGUAAUUUUUUAAAUUUUGUUGUGGAUGAAUAAAAGUGUUUGUGUUUCAGUGGUUUCCUUGGGGUUGGUACAUAUUAAAAAUGAUUGGACCUACCCCACUAU